AUGACUGACAAAUAUUUGAAGUCAGAGAAGAGAACAUCACAGUGGAGUGGAAUGGUGGGGAAAAGAGUCACCAAAGAGAUCCCACUUUCCAAAAUGAAGGACCUAAUACUGAUCUUUUGCCUCCUGGAAAUGAGUUCCGCAGUGCCGAUGUUUCCUCAGCAACCUGGAACACCAGGCAUGGCUAGUUUGAGCCUGGAGACAAUGAGACAGUUGGGAAGUUUGCAGGGAUUAAAUAUGCUUUCUCAGUAUUCAAGAUUUGGUUUUGGAAAGUCAUUUAAUUCUUUGUGGAUGCAUGGUCUCCUGCCACCACAUUCUUCUUUCCCGUGGAUGAGACCAAGAGAGCAUGAAACUCAACAGUAUGAAUAUUCUUUGCCUGUACAUCCCCCACCUCUCCCAUCGCAGCCAUCCCUGCAGCCUCAACAGCCAGGACAGAAACCUUUCCUCCAGCCUACUAUUGUAACCGCCAUCCAGGACGCAGCCCAGAAGGGAGGACCUCAGCCUCCAGUUUACCAGGGACAACCGCCCUUGCAGCAAGCAGAGGGGCCAAUGCUUGAACAGCAGGUGGCACCAUCAGAUAAGCCACCAAAGGCCGAGCUACCAGGAAUGGAUUUUGCUGAUCCACAAGGCCCAUCAGUGUUCCAAAUAGCUCGUUUGAUAUCUCGGGGACCAAUGCCACAAAAUAAACCUUCUCCACUUUAUCCAGGAAUAUUUUACAUGUCCUAUGGAGCAAAUCAAUUGAAUGCUCCUGCCAGACUUGGCAUCAUGAGCUCAGAAGAAAUGGCGGGAGGCAGAGGAGGCCCCAUGGCCUAUGGAGCCAUGUUCCCAGGAUUUGGAGGCAUGAGGCCUAACCUUGGCGGGAUACCCCACAAUCCAGCCAUGGGUGGGGAUUUUACUCUGGAAUUUGACACCCCAGUCGCUGGAACCAAAGGCCCUGAGAAGGGCGAAGGAGGUGCACAAGGCUCCCCCAGGCCGGAUGUCAACCCGGCUGAUCCGGAAAACCCAGCUCUCCUUCCAGAGGUAGCACCUGGUGCCCUGGGAGGGCUUCUUGCUCACCCAAAGGGCAACGACCCCAGCCUGGCAAGAGGUCCUGCAGGGCAGAGUGGGGGACCCCCCAGGGUCACCCCAGCAGAAGCUGACCCACUGAUGACCCCUGGAUUAGCAGAUAUUUAUGAGACCUAUGGUGCCGACGUGACCACACCCCUGGAAGAAACGCCCACAGAUACCACAGCCAUCCCAGACACUCAGCAAACAUCCAUGCCAGAAAACAAGGCCCAGCAGCCCCAGAUCAUGCAUGAUGUGUGGCAUUUCCAAGAGCCCUGAGAGCUUUGAGAUUAUCAGCUACUUUCUGUAUGCACAAGCUCCCCAGCUUUGUCCCUAUAGUAUAUCUCUUUACUGAAACACUUACUACCCUGCCGCAGCAAAGGCGUUAAAAAUGCUGAGCAUAUAUUAAUAAAUACAAGUGGCUAGAAAUAGUGUAGGUCCCCUUCUUGCUUUCAUUCUCUUAUUGAAAUAAAAUGUGUUGGCUUUCUCUGUGAUUUAGAAAUACUAUUAAUGACAUCAGAGCAAGUUUAAGGGUCUCUGCAUGUGAAAAUCGCUGUUUCUUAGCUGUCUUGGGCACUAUAGAAUUUCUCUCUCCAGCAUGACACUGUCAUA